UUUUAAGUGUGAUUAUUAUUAACCACAAAGUGAGCUAGCAUAGUCAUAGCACCACAUACGUUUAGUGCAGUAGGUCAACAGCGGCUGCUCCGACGAAAUAAUGGUAAACUCACCGGAAUCGGACCGAAAUCAUGGGAUCCGGCUGGAUCAUCUGCCGUCGGCGCUCCUUGCUACCGUCAUGACUAAGCUAGACGUUCCCUCGAUACGCUCCCUCGCAUGCACUUGCAAGGCCUUCUAUUCAUGCGCCACUCACAUCGUAUCGUUCCUUCCAUGUUUCCAUCUCCUCGAUAUUGCUCCGUCCUCGGAUAUGCUGAGACCGUUGUUGCCUCCCAACCCUUACCUGCGAAGCAUAAAGCUGGAUUGUACUCGCCUCGACGAUUCCUCGCUCGAUUUCAUCCUCCCGCCGACUUUGGAAGAGCUUUGCCUCCAUAAUUGCUCUUAUUUUAGCGGAAAGCUUCUCUCUGACGUAGGUCGUGGCUGCACAGAUCUCAGGUUUCUAUAUUUGAGUUCAGUGGGAGACAAAAGAGGGAGAUCAAUUGAUGUAUCUGAUCUUGAGGAGUUACUCAGGGGUUGCACUCAGUUGGAAACAUUGGUCCUGAUGUUUGAUGUUUCUAUAUUCUUGCGUCACGAUUUUGCUCGUGUGUGGGCUCUGGCCCCUGCCACGCUUUCUUCACUGGAAGUUGGAUACAUUUCAUCAGUCAUGCUGAUUGAACUGCUUAGUCCUCCCAUGGUUCCACAGCAGUCACUUGACCAUAUCCAACCGUCUUUGUUGCCAGGAAUACAGAAGCUAAGCCUUUCAGUGGACUAUAUCACUGAUACUAUGAUCAGUACAAUAUCUAGAAAUCUCUAUUCAUUGACCUCUUUGGACCUUCGAGAUUCACCAAUCACGGAACCACGAGUGGCGUUCGACCUUACAAAUGCAGGCCUUCAACAGAUAAACCCACACGGAAAACUAAAGCACCUCUCGUUGAUAAGAAGCCAAGACAUUUUCCGUGCAUACUUCAGGAGAGUUAAUGAUCUGGGAUUCCUUCUCAUGGCUGAUAGGUGCUCAAGCAUGGAAAGUAUCUGUCUGGGUGGUUUCUGUCAAGUCACAGAUACAGGCUUCAAGACAGUUUUACACUCAUGUGCUAAUUUAUUAAAGUUUCAGGUGUCACAUGGACCACUGCUGACUGAUCUCGUGUUUCUUGACAUUGGCGCAACUUCCUUAACUCUAACUGGGGUAAGUUUAAGGUGGUGUAAUCUUUUGACGAACUGUGUUGCUUCACUAUUGACAUCCAACACAAACCUUGGUGUGCUUGACCUAAGGCAAUGUAAAAAUCUUGGGGAUGAAGCGCUUAGAUCCAUUGGUUCACUUUCAAAGCUGAAAGUUUUGCUUAUAGAUGGCUCAGAUAUAAGUGAUACCGGAAUUUCCCACUUAUCAAAAGGUGUGCAGAGUUCUCUUGUCUCGCUGUCUCUGCGAGGAUGCAAGAGGCUGACGGACAAAUGUAUUUAUUUUCUCUUCGAAGGGUCUUCAAACCAGGACCUGAAAGAACUAGACUUGUCAAACAAUCUCAACUUCUCUGAUGCCGGAAUACUUUCGAUUGUGAAGAGCCAGGUCCCUAUAUUUGAGCUUAGGGUGCGGCACUGUCCUUUGAUAGGAGAUGUUUCAGUUAUCACGUUAGCUUCAAUGAAGUUUGAUGAUGAUGACGGGUGGCAGGGAAGUAGGUUACGCCUGUUGGACCUUUAUCACUUUGGCAGCAUAACUCAACUGUCCUUCCAGUGGCUAAAGAAGCCUUACUUCCCUAGACUGAGAUGGUUGGGAGUCAAUGGAUAUGGAUACAAGGAUAUGGUGGACGCCUUGGCCCGAAACAGACCAUACUUGCAUGUGGCUUGUCGUGGAGAGGAGCUUGGUUUUGAGUCUUUUGACCAGUGGGAUUCACCUGAUGAUCUUAUGUACAUGCACGAUUAUGAUGAACUUGAUGAGAGUGAUGAAGAAAUGGAAGUAGCGGCUGACUAGCUUCAAACGAUUGACAACUGGACGUCGCUCGUUCGAAUCCCAUGAAGGCCACUCGAGUUUUACCUGGUCGUUAACUUCGGGGCCCGCGGCCAUGCAUUCAAGCUAAAAAGGUCCCAAACACAUGUGCUAUAGAAAAACUGAUGUAGAUAUAUCAUGGAGUGAAACUGUGUAUAUUUAAUUCGGGUAUUAUGUAUGUGUAUAGGUUUGUUGUUUGCAGUUAUGUUGUAUUGAAUUCAAUCCUCAACUUUGUGUGGUCAGUAUAGGGAUGGACAGGACUGACUGGUUUCCGGUCCCCUGAAGCCCAACAUGCAGGACACAAAAUUAGGAAAAGUUAAUGGGAAUUUUUCAC